AUGACCAUGACUACAAUGGCUGACGGUCUGGAGACUCAGGACUCGUCAAAAUCGGCUUUCAUGGAGUUUGGUCAGCAGUCGCAUUCGCAGCAGAGUUCCCCGUCGAUGGCAGCCAGCCACUACCCGCUGCACUGCCUCCAUUCCGGCUCCCACGCUCACCAACACGACAACUCGCCGUAUUCUGGUUCGAACUGCUACAACAGGUCGCUACCGUACUCGUACAUGAGCCAUCCGCACCACAGUCCAUACCUGCCGUCCUACCAUAAUAACACUGCUGGUGCACAGACCAGAUUAGACACAGGUAAGCAACAGCAGAAAACAACAGUAAUUGAAAACGGAGAAAUACGUUUUAACGGAAAAGGAAAGAAGAUCCGAAAGCCUCGGACCAUUUAUUCCAGUUUACAGCUUCAAGCAUUAAAUCAUCGGUUCCAGCAGACUCAGUAUCUCGCCCUACCGGAGCGUGCGGAGCUGGCGGCCUCCCUCGGGCUCACACAGACACAGGUAAAGAUCUGGUUUCAGAAUAAAAGAUCGAAGUUUAAGAAGCUGCUGAAACAAGGCGGUAACCCACACGAGAGUGACCCACUGCCGGGCUCCAUCGCCCUUUCCCCGCGCUCUCCAGCCAUUCCUCCUAUAUGGGAUGUAUCCUCAUCCUCAAAAGGAGUGAACAUGUCCGCCAACAGCUACAUGGCCGGCUAUUCGCACUGGUAUUCCUCACCUCAUCAGGACUCCAUGCAGAGAUAGGCUGUGAAUUAUGUCUGCAAGCCCUAGGCCUCGUCUUUGGCACUCGUUUAGUUUACGCCAGCGCACUGAUAACCGUGAGCAACCGUGAUCCUCACUGCCACCGGCAAAUUACAGUGGACCUUUUUGGUGAGCUUUAAUCUGAAGGAUGAACAACGAUCUCUUGCGUGACAAACGUGGAACUUAACUGCUCGGACUUCAGAAGCAUCUCAGACUUGAUUGCUUCAACAACUUAUUAUAUAUGUUGACUUUUAAACCAAACAUACACAUCACCAGCAUGGAACAAGCAGAAACUAAAACACUGACGCCUUUUUGAAUAACCAAUGUGUCAUAUAUGAAACUGAACUUAAACAAUUGCAGUCUUUGCGUUAUGACUACAUUUUUCGUUAUGACGACAAUUUUCAUCAUGCAAUUUGUAUGUACAUAUGUUGUCCAAUUUUAGUAAAUUACUUUUUAUGUUUUGUCAUAAAUCGA